AUGCUGUCCUUGCAAGCCGUGCUGUCCUUGCAAGCCGUGCUGUCCUCGCAAGCUGUGCUGUCCUCGCAAGCCGUGCUGUCCUCGCAAGCCGUGCUGUCCUCGGAAGACGUGCUGUCCACGCAAGCCUUGCUGUCCUCGCAAGCCAUGCUGUCAUCACAAACUUUGCUGUCCUCUCAAGCUUUGCUGUCCUCGCAAGCUUUGCUGUCCUCGCAAGUUGUGCUGUCCUCGCAAGUUGUGCUGUCCUCUCAAGUUGAGCUGUCCUCUCAAGUUGAGCUGUCCUCUACAGUUGAGCUGUCCUCUACAGUUGGACUGUCCUCUCAAGUUGAGCUGUCCUCUCAGGUUGAGGUGUCCUCUCAGGUUGAGAUUUCCUCUCAAGUUGAGCUGCCCUCUCAAGUUGAGCUGCCCUCUCAAGUUGAGCUGCCCUCUCAAGUUGAGCUGCCCUCCCAAGUUGAGCUGUCCUCUCAAGUUGAGCUGUCCUCUAAAGUUGAGCUGUCCUCUCAAGAUGAGCUGCCCUCUCUAGUUGAGCUGUCCUCUCAAGUUGAGCUGUCCUCUCAAGUUGAGCUGUCCUCUCAAGUUGAGAUGUCCUCUCAAGUUGACCUCUCCUUCAAGUUGAGCUAUGAGCUGUCCUCUCAAGUUGAGCUGUCCUCUCAAGUUGAGCUGCCCUCUCAAGUUGAGCUGUCCUCUCAAGUUAAGCUGUCCUCUCAAGUUGAGCUGUCCUCUCAGGUUGAGCUGUCCUCUCAAGUUGAGCUGUCCUCUCAAGUUGAGCUGUCCUCUCAAGUUGAGCUGUCCUCGCAAGCCGUGCUGUCCUCGCAAGUUGUGCUGUCAUCGCAAGCUGUGCUGUCCUUGCAAGCCGUGCUGUCCUUGCAAGCCGUGCUGUCCUCGCAAGCUGUGCUGUCCUCGCAAGCCGUGCUGUCCUCGCAAGCCGUGCUGUCCUCGGAAGACGUGCUGUCCACGCAAGCCUUGCUGUCCUCGCAAGCCAUGCUGUCAUCACAAACUUUGCUGUCCUCUCAAGCUUUGCUGUCCUCGCAAGCUUUGCUGUCCUCGCAAGUUGUGCUGUCCUCGCAAGUUGUGCUGUCCUCUCAAGUUGAGCUGUCCUCUCAAGUUGAGCUGUCCUCUACAGUUGAGCUGUCCUCUACAGUUGGACUGUCCUCUCAAGUUGAGCUGUCCUCUCAGGUUGAGGUGUCCUCUCAGGUUGAGAUUUCCUCUCAAGUUGAGCUGCCCUCUCAAGUUGAGCUGCCCUCUCAAGUUGAGCUGCCCUCUCAAGUUGAGCUGCCCUCCCAAGUUGAGCUGUCCUCUCAAGUUGAGCUGUCCUCUCAAGUUGAGCUGUCCUCUCAAGAUGAGCUGCCCUCUCUAGUUGAGCUGUCCUCUCAAGUUGAGCUGUCCUCUCAAGUUGAGCUGUCCUCUCAAGUUGAGAUGUCCUCUCAAGUUGACCUCUCCUUCAAGUUGAGCUGUCCUCUGAUGUUGAGCUGUCCUCUCUAG